AUGAAAAAGUAGCAAAGUCCCGAGAUGUACUUAAUAAAGAAUGACCAGUUUUGGCAUUGCUAAUUUAUAUCAUUAAAACCAAUAACAAUUCAAAUUCGGAAUGGAUUUUUGAACGGCAACUUAGAAUAACAAGAGACCAUAGAAAUCUCAUUAACUAAGUUCCCAACAAUGGAAAGAGGUAUUGAAGUGAUGAGUGAUUAAAUCUAGUAAAAAUUACAGAAGGGAUUCAGAGAAAUCAAUAGCAAUGAUAUCUUGAAAGCAAAUGAAUAAAAAUUCUAGGAGAAAAUGAUUGCGACUUCCAAAAAGGAUUUGAUGCAAUAGAAGAUUUUGAAGAAGGUGAACUUGCCAGAACAGAGGAAACCAGUUGUAGCACUGACAGAUGAUGCUACUUAGGGGAAGUUAGUGGGAGAAUGGCCAAAAUAUAGAGCCAGAACUCAUUUAGGGGAGACCUUGGAUUUAGGUCCUCCUGGAGACACUAAACCUAUUGCUUGUUUAUUGGCUGGACAAUGGAACGAAAAUAUUAAUCCUACAAAUUAUUUAUUGUCUGAGAAAUUGGAUGGGAUGCGUAUAAUUUGGAGUGGAUGUGAAAUGUUUACUCGAACUGGCAACUCUUUAAACUUCCCUACUUCAUUUGUUGAAGGAUGGCCAACUACUUAUUUGGAUGGAGAAUUAUGGCUUGACAGGGGACAAUUUUAGAAAUUGGUUAGCAUAGCCAAGAAGAAAUAACCUGAUUACAAGACUUGGAAAGACAUCAAGUUUAUGGUUUUUGAUGCACCUUUGUUAGAUGAGCCAUUUGUUAAUCGAUACUCCAAAUUGAAGAAGGCUAUUGAAAAAAUAAAGAAUCCUCAUUUGGUUUAUGUUCCACAUGUUGUAUGUAGAGGUUAUGAGCAUUUAAAAGAAGAACUAGCACUCGCUCAAUAGGCAGGAGGAGAAGGAUUGAUGUUGAGAGAUCCAUCAUCCAUAUAUGAAGGAAAACGAUCAAAUACGCUAUUGAAGGUCAAAACCACAAUGGAUUCAGAGGCCACUGUAAUUGAUCACAUCAGUGGUAUGGGUAAGUUUAAGGAUUAAUUGGGAGCAUUGAAGGUGCAGACAGAUGCAGGAAUCACAUUUUAGAUUGGAGUCGGAUUCAAUAGCAAAUUGAGGAAAGAUCCUCCCAAGGUUGGUUCUAGAGUUUCUUAUACUUAUUAUGGAUUGACUGAUGAUGGGAAACCAAGAUUCCCUGUAUUCGAGAGAAUCAGGGAGGAUAUAUGA